GUAUAUUGGUGUAAGUGUCAUAAGUACAGUUGACAAUAAAAAGUAAUAAUAAUGAAAUUAUAAAUAAAUAUACAUUGAUGAUAAUAAUCAAUUUGUCAAAAGUGGUUGCACAAGCUCAGCAACAACAUCUUGCUGUUUGAACUAAAAAAAUAACAAGAUUUAUAUUUAUAAAAAAAAAUAUAAAAAAAAAAGACUAAUUAAAAAUUUAUAUGUAAAAUGUGAGACUGCAAUUUUAAGAUCAAAAAAUAAAUAACAAUUUUUUUUUUUUUUACGUUAAUAAUUAAUAAUAACAAUUUAUAUUAUUGCUAUAAAUAUUAUAAUAACGUUGUACAUGUUGUCAAUAAAUAAUCCAAGAUGAAUGGACAAUUUAAAGCAUCAAAAGAUAGGUUAGAUUGAAGAUGGUGACCUGAUCAAUUAUCAAUAACAACACAAUUAGAAGAAAAAGUAACACUUGGUGCAUCAACUAGUAAAAGAGCUGGUGAUUGGUAUGAACCAGCAUCAGUUGCUCAUCUUUUAAGUCAAGCUUUUAAUACAGCAUCAUUAAUGUAUAAUGAAUUUAAUAAUUUUGCUGUUUAUGUUGCUCAAUAUUGUGCAUUUUGCUUAGAUGAUGUUAAAAAAUUAUGUCAACUUCCUGAUGGUAGCUGAAGAUUACUUGUACUUUUAGUACCACUUAGAUUAGGUACUGAUAAAUUAAAUUCACGAUAUGGAUCAUGUUUAACAGUAUUACUUAGUUUAGAUGUUUGUAUUGGUGUUAUUGGUGGUAGACAUUUUAUUGGUCAUCAAGAGGAUAAAUUAAUUCAUCUUGAUUCACAUUAUUGUCAAGAAGCUGUUGAUGUAUGGAAACCAAAUUUUUCACAGUGUUUAACAAAAUAUUUAAUAAUUUUGUUAAAAUUGUUGAACCAUUUUUAGUACCACCAAAUCAAAAAGUUGACUAUCCAAUGUUUCUUUUUUGUGAAGGUAGUGGUGAUGAUUUACGACAUGUUUAUGAAGAUAAACCAUUAUCAGUACCAGAUGUACUAUUUAAUUAAUUUUAAUUAAUUAUUUGAGGUAGAAAAAUUGCUAUUGAUGCUUCUAUGUGUCUUUAUCAAUUUUUAAUUGCUGUCAGAUCAGAAGGAUCUCAAUUGACAUCUACUUAUGGUGAAACAACCAGAACAAUACGUCUUGUUAAUAAUGAUGUAAAACCAGUAUAUGUUUUUGAUGGUAAACCUCCAAAUUUAAAAGUUGGUGAAUUAGCUAAACGUGUUGCUGCUGCUGAAGAAACUGGAAUGUUCAGUAAAAAGCCGGCAUAACGGUGAGGAAGAAGAGGAAAAAGACCAAGACGAAAAAGAAAAAGAAAAAAAAUUAGUGAUAGUUGUGGCGUUGAUGAUAUUUAUCAUUGGAUAUUUAUCAUCAGGUUUACCAAGAUCAUUAGAAGCAGCAAUACAAAGGUAUGGCUCAGCAACAUAUAAAGCACCAGCAGGAACAGUACUUGAUCCAAAUGGUAAAUUAUUUGUAACUUUAACAUAUGGAAAAUUAUUAAGUCGUUCAUAUAAAAUAGCAUAUACAUUAUUAAAUCGUGCAUUAACAAGAACAGUUGGUGAAUGUUGUUUAAAACCAGGUGAUAGAAUAGCACUUGUUUAUCCAAAUAAUGAUCCAAUAAGUUUUAUGUGUGCAUUUUAUGGUUGUUUACAAGCUGGUAUUGUACCAGUACCAAUUGAAGUACUAUUAACACGUAGAGAUGCUGGUUCACAACAAAUUGGUUUUCUUCUUGGUAGUUGUGGUGUACAAGUUGCCCUAACAAGUGAAGCAUGUUUAAAAGGUUUACCAAAAACAACAGCUGGUGAUGUUGUUGCAUUUAAAGGUUGGCCAAAAUUACAUUGGUUUGUAACUGAACAUCUUGGUAAAAUACCAAAAGAUUGGAUGCCACAACCACGUUUAACUGAUGAAACACCAGCAUAUAUUGAAUAUUCAACAGAUAAAGAUGGAUCAGUUAUGGGUGUUACUGUAACAAGAUCAGCAAUGUUAGAAAAUUGUCGUUCAUUAACAAUGGCAUGUGGUUAUACAGAAGGUGAAAAUGCUGUAUGUGUACUUGAUUUUAAACGUGAAGUUGGUCUUUGGCAUAGUACAUUGACAAGUAUAUUAAAUGGUAUGCAUGUUAUAUUUAUACCAUAUGCACUUAUGAAAGUUAAUCCAGCAAGUUGGAUGCAAAUGAUAACAAAACAUCGUGCAAGUGUUGCUGUUGUUAAAUCACGUGAUCUUCAUUGGGGUUUAUUAGCAACAAAAGAUCAUAAAGACAUAUCAUUAGCAUCAUUGCGAUUAUUAUUAGUUGCUGAUGGUGCUAACCCAUGGUCAUUAUCAUCUUGUGAUCAAUUUUUAUCAGUAUUUCAACCAAAAGGAUUACGUCCAGAUGCUGUAUGUCCAUGUGCAUCAUCAAGUGAAGCAUUAACUGUAUCAGUACGUAGACCUGGACGUGCUGGUGUUAAUGCAACUGGUCGUGGUGUAUUAUCAAUGUCUGGUUUAAGUUAUGGUGUUGUACGUGUUGAUCAAGAAAAUUCAUUAACAUCAUUAACAUUACAAGAUUGUGGACAAGUUAUGCCUGGUAGUGUUGUUGUUGUUGUUAAAAUGUUGUUAAAACCACGUGAAAUUCAUUCUGCGGGGGAUUCUGUUUCAGAUGUUGGACCAGCAAGUGUAAUGGUUGGAAAUAUUGUCCAGGGUAAUCGUCUAGCAUCAGCACAAGGCAGAGAUUUAGGUGUUCUUGAUGAGGACAGUGAUAAUGCCAAGAAGUAUCAAUUUAUAUCGGAAAUAUUAAGAUGGCGAGCUAUGAGUACGUCAGAUCAUGUUAUAUUUACGCUGUUAAAUGCAAAAGGAGUAGUAACAACAUCCCUAUCAUGCUCUCAAUUACAUAAAAAAGCUGAAAAAAUUGGAAAUUUACUUCUUGAUAAAGGAAGAAUAAAUACUGGUGAUCAUGUUGCAUUAUUAUUUCCACCUGGUACUGAUUUAAUAUGUGCAUUUUAUGGUUGUCUUUAUGUUGGUGCUGUACCAGUUACAAUACGUCCACCACAUCCACAAAAUUUACAAACAACACUACCAACAGUUAGAAUGAUUGUUGAUGUUAGUAAAUCUGUUCUUGUAUUGACAAAUCAAAAUAUGGUUAGAUUAUUAAAAAGUAAAGAAGCAAAUAAUGUUGUUGAAAUAAAAAGUUGGCCAACAAUACUUGAUAUGGAUGAUAUGCCAAAAAAAAAAUUACCAGUUAUGUAUCGUGCACCAACAGCUGAAAUGCUUGCAUAUCUUGAUUUUAGUGUAUCAACAACUGGUAUGUUAGCUGGUAUUAAAAUGUCACAUGCUGCUGUAACAUCAUUAUGUCGUGCAAUGAAAUUAGCAUGUGAAUUAUAUCCAUCAAGACAUAUUGCAUUAUGUCUUGAUCCUUAUUCUGGUCUUGGUCUUAAUUUUUUUUCAAUACGUGUUUUACACAGACGUAUUCAAACAUGGUAAUAAAAAAUUAUAAAUAAAAAUUUGUUUUUUAAAAUUAUUUUAUUUAACAUGCAAAUUAAUUAUUGAAAAAAAAAAAUUAUAAUAUUCUAUAUUAACUGUACAAUUUAUAAAGUUAAUUAAAAUGCAAAAAAAAAUAUGCAAUAAUAUUGUUAAUAAUUAAAAAAAAAAAAAAAAACAGUCUUAAAAAAUUAUUUUUAAAUUAGACGAUAUACAUUGUGUCAAAAUAUGAUAAUAAUAUUAAAGAAAAAAAA